CUAGACAUUGUGACUAGGUAGAGGUGUGUAUAUAGUGCAGUUAAGAUUUCAGCCAAGGAGCACGUUUUUCCACAGGGCAGCGUGUGGAAGUCAGGCUGGCUGUGAUGGGUUCACUGACUGUGCAAGACGGCCCACUUGAGGAGACUGACCCUAAGGACUCCUAUCUCAUUCCAAGAAACGUCAUGGCUGAGCCGGACUAUAUAGAGGAUGACAAUCCUGAACUAAUUAGGCCUCAGAAACUGAUCAAUCCUGUCAAAAACUCCCGGAACCAUCAGGAUCUUCACAGAGAACUUCUUAUGAAUCAAAAAAGGGGUCUUGCACCUCAGAAUAAACCAGAACUGCAGAAGGUGAUGGAAAAGAGAAAACGAGACCAGGUAAUAAAGCAGAAGGAGGAAGAAGCACAAAAGAAGAAAUCUGACUUAGAAAUAGAACUGUUGAAACGGCAGCAGAAGUUGGAGCAGCUUGAACUUGAGAAGCAGAAAUUGCAAGAAGAGCAAGAGAACGCCCCAGAGUUUGUGAAGGUGAAAGGCAAUCUCAGGAGAACAGGCCAAGAAGUCGCUCAAGCCCAGGAGUCCUAGGCAGAGGCUGUCCCGAGACCGUGUGCGUCCUGUCCCCGCUCUUCACCGCACACAGCUGUGUCUGUAGGUGCCUCCUCAGCACUUCGUCUCAGGGCAGAAGCCCCUGCAGAGAGUUCCAGCCAGCAGAGAAGUUUGACUUUAAAAAGGGUUUGGUUUGAUUCUCCUACAAUCUGGGUGGAUAAAUUGCCUUUGACAGUUGCAGCUCCUAUUCGCCAAAUGAGGGGCAUUGCCCAGCACCUAAGUUGGAAUAAUAGACCUGUGUUCAGAGACUGUAAAAAACAAGACAAAUAAACAAAAAGAUAAAACAAGCAAAAAGAAAAAAGGAAGAGGACACUGGAAUAAAUUCUUGAGAGUUGCACUACUUGGUUUUUCUUCCAUUCCAAGUUUAGUGGGGGCACAGAGCCUUUUUUCUCUUGAAAGCUAAAAAAGAAAUGUUUCUUUUGUCUUUUGUUAUCUGUUAGAUAAUUUAGAUGACAUAGAAAUGCAUUUAAUCUGUUACAUCCAAUAUUUGUAAAUUUUAUUUUGAGGACCCUAAAUUUCUUGUUUAAUUUAUACUUUCAUCCAUGUUAGGAUUAGCAUCAGAAAAUGUUAGUGUUGAGCACAGCUGUGACCUUUGUUGGCACUAAGAUUUAGAAAUGGGGUAAGAAGGUUUAAAACAUGCAAACAUCCAUCUUGAUCUCAUUUUAAUUCCUUUUGGUUCUCUGUAAUAAUAGUAUGCUCCGUAUCCACAUUCCAGUUCCAAGAGGGCACAUCAUGUAAACUCAUUCAUUGCUUUCAUAACUAGUAGGGCUUUUGUUCAGUUUUCUUUUGAAAUUUCUUGCUGAGCUAGUUUUUUUAGAUGAAAUCAUCCCCUGAUCCUUUGGAGAGUGGAACUAGUCCAUAUAACACAGCUUCAGUUUCAAAAUUAGAGGGUCCAAAAUCUUUGCAUUUUUUCUCUGAGAGGAGUGUGGAGAACGUUCCCAUGAGGAGCUGGGCAGUGAGGCCUUCUUUAGGUAUUUUGAUGUGAAACAAGUGUAGAUGGGUCUCAAGGAAGCUUCGUUGGAAGACUUGCGGCAUUUGAAUAUGUGAUGAUAAUGAAUAUCAUUAGAAUCUGUGCUUUGAAAAUUUCUGAUUAAUGAUCAUUUAUUACUUUACUCUUUUUGUUUUUUCCUAUUGAAGAAAGACUAUUUCACCACUAUCUCAGUGAUGAUGCUGUUGCUAAUGAUGUCGAUGACUACUGUGUUGCAUCUCUCAGGAAAAGCAGAGAGGAAAAGAGAGCCCCGCUCAGUUUCCUCGUUCUAGCCAGCAUGCUGUUCAAAGAGAAGCCCAGUUACAAAUAAUAGCAACAUUCUCUUGCAAAAUUAAUUUUAUACUGCUGGUAUGGGCACAGGUACCUUCUUCUUGGGGUGAUAUGGAAAGAUUUUUGUGGAUUUAAUAUGUUCUCCAUAGAGACAGUUCAGCCAGUAAUUUCUACAUUGGAAACUCUUACACUUUCUUUGAAGACUCAUAGAAAACUGAAUGCAGAGCUUUUGAAUCCUUAAUUAGCAGAGUAGAAAUCAGCUUUCCAUGGAAAUGCUUUAGUUUUAGUAGUUGACAAUUAGGCCCAUAUUCAAUCCCAAUGUGAACAAAAGCAAAUGCAAUGAUGACACACUGCUAGUUAGAGAAACAUGGUAGUUGAUUACACCUGAAAUGGAUUAUUUAUCUCAUCAGCAAGUAUUAUUUGAAUAAAAUAAGAGAUGCUUAAGAUAAAAUGUUGCUCUAUAAUAGUUUGCUUUUGAAGAAUGGAAUGAUAACUUUUUUCCAUCAUUCUUCCUCUUGAGCCGAGAAAGUGCGAUAACUGAUCAUCUAGAAAGUACAUUUCAGAUUGCACAUUGACUCGAGUUCUUUCUUGUGUAUGUGGACUAAGGACGCUGUUUAUAAAAUGAAGAUUUGGGACUGGCUCAUAUCUUUUUAUCUAACUGGAUGUUAGAUCUUUAGAUCUGUAUCCUCGAAGCAAUUCUGCCACUUGGUACAAUUCUCAAGGGCCCUGACAGGUUCCUUUCAGGAAUUCUAGGAAUUCUGCUCCUAGAACUUAACUAGAAUUCAUUCUUCACUGGGAAAAAGUUAAUUAAAAAGGCAUUUCUUUCCUAAUCUCACUGAAAUUCCACAGAAUUAUUUGUAGUUAGUAAUACAAGAUCUGGCCAAAAGAAGACUUGUAAAUAGCAUGAAGUGGUGUCUUAUGCUACAGUGUACAGGUAGGGAAGCUCUCGGAAGUUGUCAGGUCAGCUGGGCUCACGAGCCGCAGUCUCGCCUCCUACCUUAAUACCGUACAGUCCAAACCCUUAGGACUCUGCAACAGCUGAGCAGUUUUGUGCUUUGAGCCGCUUUUUGACAAAAAUGGCUCCAUUUUUCCACUCUGUGGUUUUCUGUGUUUUAUAGUCUCAUAGUAGUAAAGUAGUGUUGCUUUCUAAGCUAUAACAGUUGACUUUAUUCUUCUACUCUGAAAAAUCUUGACUUGUUUGAGUGUAUAUAAUAUAUAUAAAGGGAGCCUUAAUGGAUUUGUUUUCAUAAUUUAAUAUUUUUUGUAUUUGCUCUUGUAUAAUUGUUUUUAAUGGGAAAGUAUUACAGAAUUGAGGGUGGAAUUCUUAGAACCAAAGUUAUUCUUAAUAAAAAUCACCACAUGCUUGGACCAUG